CAAGCCACCCAUUCCUAGUGCGCAUGUGCAAGAUCUCUUCGAGUCUGUGUCUCCAUGGCAACGGUCACACGUACGGCCAAAGUGGGUAAGAACACAGAUCAUGGAUCUUUAUCCAACAAGUAUAAUGAUGAUGAGAAGAGAAACAUGAAGUCUGAUCAGGCCCGUGACGCCAGACCAAGCGAUGAGGAUGCACCCCAUGAUCUUGGGGACUCCUUAGAGUCAGACACUGAGAGCUUGGUGCAAGAAAAAGCUGACCAGAGAGAGCUUCAAAAACACAUACUGAGCAGUGCUGGUGAUAACAGUUCCUCUCAUCAGAAUCAGAAUCAGAAUCAAGUUUAUUGCCAAGGACGUUCUCACAUACAAGGAAAUUGCUUUGAUGGUUGGUGCUUGAACAGACAGAUGCCUCCUUUGGAUGAAUAUGCUGACUUGCGCUAUGAUCCAGACUGGAAAAAGAAGCUGGCAAGGUCUGAGUUUCUCCAGACGAAUUUCUCUCUUGACUCCAACGAGGAUCUUGGAGACACUCUGAGACAUACAGGACAUAUGUCUCCAAGGGGAAGACAUGAAUUUCUAGUAGUCCCUAGUCCUGUUUCAUUGGAAAUGGACAGUGUUCACCCAAAACCACUGCUGUCCUCCUUUCAUCUACACCCACCAGAAGACCAAGAUACAGUGAUGUCAGUGCCCCAAAGCUCAUCUGUGUCCUUACAGAGCACUCCACAUUCAAAUUUACAUCAACCCAAAGAGGUCAAGCACAGACCUAACCACCAGCAAAGUCCCGCUGGAAUCCUGCCCUUUUCUUCUCCUCAACAGAUGGAGCAGGCACAAAGUCAGAGGCAGCCUGAUGGAGAGAAUCGAAGCAUUGGUCAGGAACAAAAUAUAGGCAAGCUUAACCUAGUAGCCAUGCAGAAGAGACGCUCCCAAAAAGUCAGACCAACCAGGCCGACAGAGGACAUAGUAGAGCGUAAUAAAAUCACUCUGGGUAUGAACAAUCAUAAACAAGGGUCAUAUUUGAAGGCAUAUGAGCAAAGAGGAGGAAAACCAGAUGAUGCAAAUCAGCCCCUACAGUCAGCUGAGGACAGUGUGAGCACUGACAGCCCAGGAUGCCCAGACAAUGCCCUCAACCUGGAGCUGAUGUGGAUACAAAAAACUCAAAAACUGAAGACCCACAACCAGAGUAAGCACUUGGGCAGAGCCAGGCCUCACCACUACAAGAGCACCAAACCCAAAGGUCACCUGAAUCAGCCAGUGGAGCAACAGCACUCACAAAUUCCCUCUGAGAAGCAGACUUUCAGCUCACCUGACUCUGGCAGUGGCUCACAUUGUUCCUUCUCAUCGUCUCCAACAAUUAACCUUAACGUCAACCUCAACACCUCAGCUGAACCUUUUAUCAGUCCUGAACUACAAAACCAGCUCUACACACUUGCACUUCCUCCUUCACCACAGUGGAGGAUCAGACAUGAUGAGUAUAACUCACGCUUCAAAGGGCCUAGUUAUACUUUAGGUCUUCCUCUCCCUCCUGCUGGUACUGUGGACCAUGAGAGCAAAGGAGUAACUAACAAGAACAGCAUCAGGAUUUCUCCAACACGACCGCCAUUUCAAGAAAGUUCUACCUUGAAUGGUCCUCAGCUAGUGGGGUAUUAUGAGGAGGAAAGUAAGGAUCCUGCAUAUGCACUCCAGACUUACAGUGGAGCCUAUCCAGUGCUUCCUCCAAUCGGCGGGUCUAACAACAGUGACCCUGAGCUAUGCAGUGGCAGACCAGAGGAAGCUACGUAUACUAUACAAAGGUGCAGCUCAGUGGGAUACCUGUCACAGCGAGAGAAACAAAAACAAAUGCAGGCCAAAACAGCUUAUAAGACAUACACGUUGAAGGACUACAAGAGCUUGAAUUGGAAUGUGAAGCUGGGAGGUCUCGGACCAUCCAACAGUGUUGCUGAGGAUGUGGCUGAGAAAAUUAGACAACAGAAGCUGUAUUCAAAUAUGAUCCGUGAGCAGAACAAGAAGAUAAGUAGGAUUCCCUCUGUGCCGACCAGGAACUCAGUGGGCAGUGGCAACAAGAACAGCAUUCCCAGGAACAAGGCCCUGGAGUAUGCCAAAACCAUUGCAAAACCGAAAGCACCUCCGCUAAAGGAGAGACCCAAAGACAAGACUGAGAGUGAAAGACUGUUUGAGCGCUCUGCCUGUUUCCAGUUAGGAGUGGAUCUCACUGAGCAAUCUACUUUAGAGAUGUUGAAGAAACGACAUGAGCAGGAGAAACAGAUUGUGGAACACUUUACAGAAAUCCACGGCAAGUCAUCUGCACCCUCUGUCAACAGCUAG